AUGGCACUGCUGCACAGCGACCUGGGACACGGGGAUGGCACUGCUGCACGCGACCGCCGCCGUGGCCACGCGUCACGGGUAAAUUCCAACCUUUUCCCCACGUGGAGGGUAUGGCGGGUCCCGCAGCGGGACGGCCGGGGCUGUCGCUGCUGGGGACAGCGGGGCUGGAGCGGCGCUGCGCCCCAGCCAGCCCUGCCCGCGGCUUGGCCGCAACCCUGCGGUGACUCAGCCCGGCUCCGGGCCGGGCGGCACCGCGCUCACCCCGCGCCCUCGGGGCGGCACAGGCGGGACCCGCUCCUCCCGCUACCUGCGGGCAGGGGAGGGCCGGGCCCGCGGCCGCAGGGGCUGUGCCGGCGGCGGAAGCUCCGCCCGCCCCGGCCGAGCCGCAGGUGGGAGCGGCCCCGGGAGCGGCCCCGUGCGGGCGGUGCGAGCGGGGGCCGCUCUCCCGGCCCUCCCCCGCCCGGCCCGGCCCGGCCCGCGCUGGCCCCGCGCCCGCAGAGCGCUCCCCGCCCGCCUCCCUGGGCGAGCGGCGCCGGGCGGGCGGCGAUGGACGGGCAGCGCCGGGCCGGCCCCGCCGCGCCGCGCUGGAGGAGGCGGGCGACCCCCCGGCCGCAGCCCCUCGCCUGGAGCAAGCCCCGGCCGCAGUCGUACCAGAGCCCCAGCGGGCUGCUCGUCACCGACUUCCCCGUGGAGGACAGGUGCGCCUUCCCCGUGACCCAGCCCGCCGGCACCGGCAGCCCCGGCAUGGGAUCCGUGUCCAACGGCACCGUGCGGCCGCCGCGCUCGCCCGGGCUGUCCCCUGAGCGCUCCCGGCUGCUCGCCCUGGCUCCGGACAGCCCCGUCGGUUCGACCGCCAACGGCACCGUGCCCGCCCCGGGAAGCGGGCAGGGCCGCCGGGCCCGGCCGCCCAGGACUGCGGGGCUGGCCCCGCACCAGGACCGCAUCGUGUUCGCGGCCAGCGCCCAGCCCGCGCCGUGCGGCCGGGCCACCGAGCCCCCAGGGGUACCGGGAGGAUCCCCCGGGAUCGGCCGGGCCGCCGAGCCCCCAGGGGUACCGGGAGGAUCCCCCGGGAUCGGCCGGGCCGCCGAGCCCCCCGGGGUACCGGGAGGAUCCCCCGGGAUCGGCCGGGCCGCCGAGCCCCCGAGGGAAUCCCCCGGGAUCGGCCGGGCUGAGCCGCCGGAGGGAUCCCCCGGGAUCGGCCGGGCUGAGCCGCCGGAGGGAUCCCCCGGGAUCGGCCGGGCUGAGCCGCCGGAGGGAUCCCCCGGGAUCGGCCGGGCUGAGGUGCUGGGGGAUCCCCCCGCGGAGCCCCCCGCGCUGCUGAGCACGCACAGCCCCGCGGCGCGCAAGGUGGGCUCGCAGCAGCUGAUCCCGCUCAGCCUGGCCGAGAGCCGGCCCGCGGGCCGGGCCCAGGACCACGACCGGCUGCUGAAGGCUCGGAGCCUGGUGGAGACCCCCCGGCUGCCCCCGGGCAGCGACGCUGAGGAAGAGCCCGAGGGCGGCCCGGGCAGCCCGGGGACGCUGCGGCGAGGGCUCCGCUCCACGUCCUACCGCCGGGCCGUGGUGAGCGGCGUGGACCUGGACGGCUCCGCCAACUGCAAGAAGAAGAACAGAAUGUCCCAGCCCAUCCUGAAAGCCGUGGUCGAGGACAAAGAGAAGUUUUCGAGCCUGGGCAGGAUAAAGAAGAUGCUGAAAGGCCAAGGGACAUUCGAUGGGGAAGAAAAUGCUGUGUUAUAUCAGAACUAUAAGGAAAAAGCUCUGGACAUAGAUUCUGAUGAGGAGUCUGAGCCCCGGGAGCAGAAAGCGGAUGACAAGGUUGUUUUCCAGUACAAGCCCCUGAGGUCCACGUGGAGUCAGCUCUCUGUGGUGAAGAGGAAUGGAUUGUCAGAAGCCAUCAGCCAGGAGGAGAGGAAGAGACAGGAGGCAAUAUUUGAAGUGAUCUCUUCUGAGCAUUCUUACUUGCUGAGCUUGGAGAUUCUGAUCCGGAUGUUUAAAAAUUCCAGGGAACUGAGCCUCACAAUGACCAAAACAGAGAGCCACCACCUCUUCUCCAACAUCACCGAUGUUUACGAGGCAAGCAAAAAGUUCCUUGAAGAGCUGGAAGCGAGGCACCAGAACAACAUCUUCAUCGACGACAUCAGCGACAUCGUGGAGAAGCACGCGGCGUCCACGUUCGACCCCUACGUGAAGUACUGCACCAACGAGGUGUACCAGCAGCGCACGCUGCAGAGGCUGCUAGCCACGAAUCCAGCGUUUAAGGAGGUGCUGUCCCGGAUCGAGUCCCAUGAGGAUUGCAGGAAUUUGCCCAUGAUCUCCUUCCUCAUCCUUCCUAUGCAGAGAGUCACUCGUCUCCCCUUACUGAUGGAUACCAUUUGCCAGAAAACUCCCAAGGAUUCAGCAAAAUAUGAGAACUGCAAGCAGGCUCUGAAAGAAGUCAGCAAGCUGGUGCGGCUGUGCAACGAGGGCGCUCGGAAGAUGGAGAGGACGGAGAUGAUGUACACCAUCAACUCUCAGCUGGAGUUCAAAAUCAAGCCCUUUCCACUGGUUUCCUCUUCACGGUGGUUGGUGAAAAGGGGUGAAUUAACGGCGUAUGUGGAAGACACCGGAUUGUUUUCCAAAAGAACCUCCAAGCAGCAGGUCUACUUCUUCCUCUUCAACGAUGUCCUCAUCAUCACCAAGAAGAAGAGCGAGGAGAGUUACAACGUCACCGAGUACUCCCUGCGGGACCAGCUGGUGGUGCUGCCCUGCGAGGAGGAGCCGGGCUGGGGCUCCUCGCCCGCCAGGAACGCGGCCACGAUGCUCCACUCGGCUCGGGGCUCCGCCGGCCACCUCUUCAGGCUGCUGGUGCUCAGCAACCACGCGGGGGACAGGGUGGAGAUGCUGCUGGGAGCAGAGACGCAGAGCGACAGAGCGCGGUGGAUCACGGCGCUGGGACAGGACAGCGACGGGCCCCACACCGACAGGACCACCCUGGCCCAGGUGGAGAUCAUCAGGACAUACACAGCCAAGCAGGCCGAUGAGCUGUCCCUCCAAGUGGCUGACGUCGUUCUGGUUUAUCAAAAAGUGAAUGAUGGCUGGUACGAGGGGGAGCGGCUGCGGGACGGCCAGCGGGGCUGGUUCCCCUCGGAGUGUGCCAAGGAGAUCACCUGCCGGGCCACCCUGGACAAGAACAUGGAGCGCAUGGGGCGCCUGCUGGGGCUGGAAACCAACGUGUAGCGUUCCUGUGCCACACCACGCUCUGCACCGGCUGCUGGGACUCCCUGUGGGACGGGGGCACCAGAGCCCACCCCCACUUCACCAGAGCACUGACGUUUGGAUACUCGAGUCUGUCCCGCUUUGCCUUCCAAGAGCUCCCAACUGAAGCCUGGCUCGACAGGAGCAGACUGCAGCUCACAGCACUGUCCUGGCUCAGCUCAGCAUCCCUCUGACUCGUGUUCCAGUGCUGACUUCAGUCGCUCUGUCCCUGCCUCCUGUUCACGCUGUUUUUGAGCAUCUUGCCUCGCCUUCCCCAGAACUGCACGGGACAGGGGACAGCACACACUGACCCCAGCGUGGAGCUGAACAGAAUGCUGGGGUGUCCCACAGAGCUGCAGUGGGACAGUCCCAGUACCAGCCAGGGUGUUCAUGGGAUACUUCCCACUUGUGACAGAACCUGUGUGACCUGGACUAGAAUAACCAGCUCUGCACUUCAGGAAGGCCGAUCUACCUCUCCAGUGCAAAUCCAGGGACAGCCCCGGCCUUGGCACAAGCAAAGCUGGGCAGAAGCUCCAGGAAGAAUCCAGAGCUGUGCCUCCAGCUGAGGUGGGCUCUGACAAACACUGUGAGGCAGCUCAGACUGUCUCCUUUCAGUUCUGCAGUGGUGAAAGGAAUUCUGCAAGCAAAACCAAGGUACCACACUCUGCACAGUAGAUGGUGCUUGGCCCAGGUAUUUUAGCAGGGAGUAACUGCUGGAACAGGGGCUGAUUUGUUUCUGGUUUGCUCAGGUGUUUAACGAGCUCUGUGGUUCAGUUACUGUUUCAGAGCAGGGGUUUGAUGGGCUGCAGGAACAUGAAGUACUUUGUUCUGGGGCUGGGGGGUUCUGCUCUGCAGUACUAGAGAUCAGUUCUUUCCCUGUUCUGCUGAACUCGUUGUGAUGUGGGAUGGGCAGCAGAGGGACAAUGAGGAGCUGCAGUUUCUGGAGGGGCUGGGUCUCCUCUGUUGUGUCAGGGGUGUGGGCAGCAGCAGGGAGGGGCUGUGCUUGCACUGACCCUGCCAGCCCCCACAGCCCUGCUGUGUCUGUGCAGCGAGGGCAGGGACCGACACAAACCCUCACCUCCUGCCCAGCUGCUGCCUCAGCAGCCAAAUAAACACUGCUCACUACACACGAGGGGACAACUUGGAGAACCAAGGCUUGCUUCUUGUUGCCUCCCUGCCUCUGAACAGGCCUGGAGGUUGUUUUAUAGUCUGUAAUAUGCUGAUUUCAUGGGUGAGUGAAUUGGGUGUUUGUAAAGAUGUCUGUCUCUAACAAUUUAAACUGUAUUAGGAAGGCAAUAAUUUUGUACAAAAGUACUUACCUGGACGGUCUGACAGUGAUUAUACAGCCUUGUAAAUUAAUUUAAAAGAGGACUGUAAAUUGAACAAAGACUUAUUUAACAUAGUUAAAAGACUGCUACUGUUUUAACAAAUUUAUUGUAUACAGGCAGAUGUUUAACACAUAACUGAAUGUAUAAAUCCAGGCAUUAAUUUUAUUCAGAUUUUUUAAUACCUUGUAUAUAUUUUUCAUACCUAGUUUUUCCAAAAAUGCUGUAAUGUGUUUUAAAGACAUUUUUCAUUUUUUUCUAUUGUUGGACACAGUUCUUCAGGAAUUAAAGACUUCUAUGAUUUUAUAGGACAACAAUCAAUAAAAUGCUUUUAAAUCCUUACUAAUAAAAAGCUUUGAAUUUUUUUUAAUGGCAUUUCUUAAAAUGCCCGUUGUUAAUGUCAUUCUGGUCAAAGAAAUUAAACCUCUUUGGGAAGCUGUGGCAUUUUAAAUGUUCCUGUUCUGUGAACAUAAAUAGCACCAUCCUCUGUCCUACUUCAUCUGCCACAGAUCCAAUUUACCUGUCUGGCCUUGAAGCGAUGGCGUAGAACACAGGCCUGGGAGAACAUCUGAUGGCUGAGACUACUGGGAAGCAGGA